UCGUGCCCAUCACCUCAGUCGGGCGUCAGACCCACAGCCGCCCACACCACCACCGCCUCAGCGCACCCACGCCCACACCCACACCCAGGCGUCAUGAGGGCGUGUAUCUGCCUCCUGCUGGCGUGGGCGGUGUCCCUUGGAUCCUGCGUGCCCCUGGAGGAAGAGACAGACUCACUAAGAAGGAUAACCAGACAGCAGCCGAUUUUUGGCAUCACCCACCUGGACAUCCGUGACGCCAUCCUCGCCCUGGACCGCAGCAUCAAGGCGGUGGCGAACAAGCUGGACCGACACGAGGCGCGGGAGGCCCAACUAGCGGCCACCACCACCAAGACGCUGGGCACGCUCUCCACGGCUCUUGGGGACGCGGCCGGCGGGGUGCAGGCGGUGGCGAGGCAGCUGGCGGUGAUGGAGGAGCGGCUUUUGUCUCUGGAGGCCCUCACGCAAACGACGGACGAGAGGCAGAGAAUGAUGCUGGGACAGAUCACGCAAGGGCUCGACAGACUCCUAGCGCAAGACCCCGCGUUGGACGACUUCCCGCCGCCCCCCGGAGCUGCAGGACGUCCCGGAGCUCAGGAAUCGGCCGUUCUGAAGGUGGUGAAGAAGCUAAACCGCAAAAUGACGGGGGUUGAGACGAUGCUGGAGAGGGACAUGCGGGCGGUGACCAAUGAGGUGAAGAUCGUCGGGGAGUCCCUGGGGCAACACAUGGGCCAACUUCAGGGGCGCCACGACCGGCUGGAGACGCAGUUGGAGGCGUCGCGCGGCCUCACCCAGACGGGGAUCCAGGAACUGUCCCAGGCUGUCGCUACGUCCACGGCUGAACUAAAAGACCAGGUGCAGCAAGGCGGUGGUGGUGGCGGCGGGUGCGGCGAGGGGGAGGGCGGGGAGCUCACCGCCCGCCUGCAAUCCCUCGACUCCUUCGCCCGUCAACAGGAAGCGGAUUUGAUUCUACUCCGCCAAGACACUCAGAGGAUCCUUGACGAGCAGCUGGGCACGCUUCAGAACCUCCUGCAGCAGACCCAAGAAAACCAAGCCUUCCUCAAUGCUUCCGUGGCCGACCUGACGCAGGGCCUUCACCAGGUCAACAGCAGCACCCAGGGUUCCUUAGGCAGGGUGACAACGGAGGUGCUGGAGGCGAUAAUAGCGGGUAAUUUUGCUGUGAAAGAGUCCAUUACCGGCUUAGCGGGAGAGUUACAGGAUGGAAACACUAAUAUAAUGGAUGUUUUGGACGAUAGGGCCUCACAGACGGAGAAUCUUCAGCACACGGUCUUGGAGAACUACUCUGAUCUUUCGGCGGAGAUCAACAGUCUGAAGAAGGUCGAGCAGGUGAUGAUACACACAGCGGACUCGGUUCUCGAUACCAAACGUAGCAUUGAGUUCGGUAUCCAGCAGAUCAUCUUGGAGCUGGGCGAGAUCGUGAAGAGCAGCGGCAGCACCAUCAACAGCACGCUCUCGGACCAAAUCAGCAACAUCUCCUUCGCUAUCCUGAAGAACCAGACCUCGGCGCUGACCAACAUGACCGCCAAGAUGGAGCAGGAGAUUUCGCAGGUCUGGCGGCAAAUCGGAAUCAUGUACCAGCAAAUGUCGCAGUCCGUUGACCUCCUGGACCAGCUCAAGGACACCACCAAGGAGCACAUGAACGCCUCGCUCUCCCGCGUCGGUAACAUGGACGGCACGGUGGGCAAAAUCAACACCAAGGUAGCCGAUGUCGAGGAUAACCUAAACUACCUUCUUGGACGCCUUUCUCUCGUGUCCUCGGAGUUUAACCUCAUGAAGGAUGGCGUGAGAGAUGAGCUGGUCCGUCUAUGGGAGAACAUGGCGAAGGAAAACAACAACACCGUGGCUAUUGAGGGCGGAGAACCAUCGCCUGUGAGUGCCUAUAACGUGAACCGCAAGCGAGAAACGGUCCCUGUGUCCCCUGAGGCUGAAGGAUCCAUCUAGGGGCAGGAGUAGCGCCCUUUCCACCCCGCUUUCCCUGUAGUGUGUAGCCGUAGCGUAAUGAGUCAGUCAGUUGUUGGUUCGUCAGCCUCAGUGAGUCAGCCUCGAGGGUGGUCCUCCUCCAGUCUAAGUCUAUAUACACCAAGUCAAGUCAUACGCAGGUUUGUGGGAGGAGACACAGCCGAGGCGUGGUUUAUGCGUGACACUGCUUGGAGCUAAACUAGAGAAUGUAGAAACAGGGAGUUAGAGAAAACGAAGAAAGGUGGAGUAAUUUAAAUCAAUCACUUCAUCAUGCCCUCCCUCACACCCCACACCGCCGUUUGUAGGCAAUGGAAUUACAGUCACGCAAUAGCACAAUAAAAAGACAUAUUUUUUCGUCAGUGGCUUGCCUGAACGCGCUGUGAAAGGAGGCGAGAAUGCACAUCCAGAGUGCACAUACGGCCCCAACUUUAGUCAUCCCUGAACUGGCGGGUGUUUUUUUUAGCUUCAAGUGACGUCAUCCCGCUGCUCCGCCCCAAAACCGUCUCCUGCGCGUACCGGUCGCAGUUUUGAAGCAGAGUGACUUGAUUUGGUAUAUAUAGUCUUAGCUCCAGUCCUCCUCCCUCCGUAGCCAUUGGUAUGUGUCACUUGUGCUUGGCUCCCUGUAUGUAGUCUAUGAAUAAAGCGGAGUUAAGGUUA